UUUUUAAACUCUGUUAGGAAGAUUCAGAGAAGAAUGGCUGCAGAAAAUCACUCCACAGUAACAGAGUUCAUUCUCGGGGGACUAACAAAUCGGCCAGAGCUCCAGCUCCCCCUCUUCAUCCUCUUCCUAGGGAUCUACAUGGUCACCAUGGUGGGGAACCUGGGCAUGAUCACCCUAAUCCGUCUCAACUCUCAGCUUCACACCCCUAUGUACUUUUUCCUCAGUAAUUUGUCCCUUGUAGACAUGUGCUACUCCUCUGUCAUUACACCUAAAAUGCUGGUGAACUUUGUGUCAGAGAAGAACAUCAUCUCCUAUGCGGGGUGCAUGUCACAGCUCUACUUCUUCCUCUUUUUUGUCAUUGCCGAGUGUUACAUGCUGACAGUGAUGGCCUAUGACCGCUACGUUGCCAUCUGUAACCCUUUGCUUUAUAACAUCAUCAUGUCCCAUCAAGUCUGCUCCCUGCUGGUGACUGUGGUUUAUAUUAUAGCCCUCAUUGGCUCAACAAUAGAGACUGUCCUCAUGUUAAAGCUGCCCUAUUGUGAGGUGCUCAUCAGACAUUACUUCUGUGACAUCCUCCCUCUCAUGAAGCUCUCUUGCAUUAGCACCUACGAUGUCCGGAUGGCAGUUUUCUUCUUGGCUGGAUUUGACAUCAUACUCACCAGCUUAACAGUCCUUGUUUCCUAUGCCUUCAUCCUCUCCAGCAUCAUCCACAUCAGUACCACAGAGGGCAGGUCCAAAGCCUUCAGCACCUGCAGCUCCCACCUGGCAGCUGUGGGAAUAUUCUAUGGCUCUACUGCGUUCAUGUACUUAAAGCCCUCCACAGCCAGUUCCCUGGCCCAGGAGAACAUGGCCUCCGUGUUCUACACCACAGUGAUCCCCAUGCUGAACCCCCUAAUCUACAGUCUGAGGAACAAGGAGGUCAAGGGUGCCUUGCAGAAAACACUGAGGAGAAAACUGUUUGGAUUCAAAUGUUAUUCUUCCUCGGUUUGA